AUGCCAUCUGAUAUACGAAGCUUCUUUGGUGGCAAACCUGCUUCAACCCCAGGAGCCGUUGCAAAGACCACAAAAGAGGACCCACAAUCUGCCCGGAAACGACGCAGCAGGAAGGUUGUGGAUGAGAGUGAUGAAGACGAAGAUGUUGCGCCAGCAAAAAAAAUAACGACGGGUCAGAAAUUGAAAACUCAAGCAAAGAGCGAAGAGCCAAAAGGCGAGCCUACAACGAGCUCGGAUUAUUUCGCUUCUUCGAAAAAGCGUGGCCGCCCAGCGAAGUCUUCCACUGAGGUCGGAACCGACGAUGUCCCCGCGAAAGCCAUGAAGACUCCCCCACGCAAGUCUGCAAGAAAGACGACCAAGGUCGUCGAAGAUGAAGAUCUCGGCGCGGACGACAUAUUCGCCGGAGAAUACGGCAAAAAGAAAGACGAUGACUAUGUAGCGGCAGACAGCGACGACGACGACGACGAUUUCGAAGUACUGGAAGUGAAACCAGCUACUGCGUCUGUGAGAAGAACACGGGCUAAGAGAUCGAUCUUGGACGAUGAAGAGGAAAACGAGGACGAGGAUAUUGUCAUGGAAGACCUUCCAAAGGCUGCACCUAAAUCUGCGAGGACAACACGGAAACGCAAGUCAGAAGCGCUCGUUGAUCAAGACGAAGAAGACAACAAUCUCGAAACGAAGAAGAAACCAGCAGCGCGGGCGAAACAACCUGCUUCACCAGCCGCGAAAAAGUCAAAGCCGUUACCGAAGAAAAAAGACGCGGAGUCAGAGAAUCCCGAGAUCCAAAAGAUUUUCGACAGCAUCCCGACUGUCAAGCCUCCAUCGCCACCUCCAGAGAGUGCAGAACCCAAAAAAUGGCAAUAUGGUGCGCAGCGUUCACGCACUCCUCCGACUGCCGGUACAAAGGACAUUCCCGUGGGCGCCGAAAACUGCCUAGCUGGCCUUUCCUUUGUGUUUACAGGAAUUCUCGAAACCUUGGGGAGGGAAGAAGGCCAAGAGCUGGUGAAAAAAUACGGCGGCAAAGUCACAACUGCGCCAAGCUCGAAAACCAGUUAUGUUGUCCUUGGAGGUGACGCUGGUCCCAAAAAGCUACAAACAAUUGCGAAGUUCAAUCUCAAAACCAUCAACGAGGAUGGCCUUUUUGAGUUAAUUCGUAAAUUGCCCGCUAAUGGCGGGUCAGGACAAGCCGCCGAGAAGUUCGCUGCAAAGCAAAAAGCCGAAGAGGAUAAAGUCAAGAAGAUGGCUGCUGAAAUUGAUGCUGAAGAAAAGCGCCAGGAAGCUGAAAAGGCAAAGGCACAAUCAAAGGUGCAGCCCAACGGGUCGGUUGCCCCCGCAUCUCAAAGUCUACCUGUGGAUGAUCAGUUGUGGACGACCAAGUAUGCGCCUACCUCGAUCGGUAUGAUCUGCGGCAACAAAACUGCCGUUGAAAAACUCCAAAGCUGGCUGCGGAAUUGGCAUCAAAGUGCGAGGUCGAAUUUCAAGAAGGCGGGAAAGGACGGCUCGGGUGUCUAUCGUGCUGUGAUGAUCCACGGCCCCCCCGGAAUCGGCAAGACGACGGCCGCCCAUCUGGUCGCCAAGCUUGAGGGGUAUGACAUCGUCGAGACAAAUGCAAGUGACACUCGGAGUAAGAAGCUUGUCGAAAAUGGCACACUGGGUGUGCUCGAUACAACAUCGCUGCAAGGAUACUUUGCGGGGGAGGGAAAAAAGGUUCAAAGCGAGAAGCGCAAUUUGGUCCUCAUUAUGGAUGAAGUCGAUGGUAUGUCAGCGGGCGAUAGAGGAGGUGUUGGUGCUGUCGCAGCCAUCGUCAAAAAGACGAACAUUCCAAUCAUUCUCAUUUGCAAUGAGCGGCGAUUGCCCAAAAUGAAGCCCUUCGAUCAUGUCACUUUUGAUAUCCCAUUCAGACGUCCAACUCCUGAUCAAAUCCGUGCACGGCUUUCCACGAUCUGCUUCCGAGAGAAAAUGAAGAUCCCUCAACCUGUGCUGGAAGCUUUGAUUGAGGGCUCGCACGCAGACAUUCGGCAGAUUAUCAACAUGCUCUCCGCGGUCAAAGUGGACCAAUCUCUUUUGGACGAGGGCUCCACGAUCGAUUUUGACAAGGGCAAGCAAAUGGCUAAGUCAUGGGAAAAGCAUAUCAUCCUUAAGCCUUGGGACAUUACCAGCAAGAUCCUCAGUGCACAAAUGUUUGCAGCAAGCUCAAAUUCGACGUUGAACGACAAAACUGAGCUGUACUUCAACGACCAUGAGUUCAGCUAUCUAAUGCUACAAGAGAACUAUCUGCGCACGAAACCUUCACUUUCCGCCAGAUUUGAAGACCCGAAGGAGAAAAACCUCAAGGAACUUGAGUUGUUCGACAAGGCGGCCUCUAGUAUUAGCGAUGGAGAUCUUGUGGAUCGUAUGAUUCAUGGCACACAACAGCAAUGGAGCCUGAUGCCGACUCACGCAAUGUUUAGCUUUGUCCGUCCAGCAAGUUUCACAUACGGCAACAUGCGAGAACGCCCACAAUUCACCACUUGGCUUGGCCAAAACAGCAAGCAAGGCAAAUUGACACGCUUUGUUAAAGAGAUUCAGGGCCAUAUGCGCCUUCGGACUUCGGGCAACAGGGAUGAGAUUCGACAGCAGUACAUGCCAUUGAUUUGGGACAAGUCGGUCAAGCGCCUCCAGGACGAAGGAAAAGAGAGUGUGGACGAGGUCAUUGAUUUCAUGGAUGCAUAUUUCCUCACCCGUGAUGAUUUCGACGCAAUGAUCGAACUUGGACUUGGUCCCAUGGACCAAUCCAAUGUGAAGCUAGACACGCAGACCAAGGCAACUUUCACGCGACUUUACAAUUCACGAUCUCAUCCGCUGCCAUUUAUGAAGGCGAGCAAUGUCGUUGCGCCAAAGAAAGAAUCGAAGGAGAAACCGGACGUGGAGGAUGUUGUCGAGGAAUCCGACGAGGAAGAAGUGGUUGAAGAGGUCAAGGAUGAGGAAGAUGAGGAUCUGGAUUUGAAAAAGGACAAAUACGUCAGUGUGCCAAAGAAGAAGGCCGCAUCGGCGAAAGGAAAGAAGGGUAAGAAAGCGGCGACUGCAGAAGCGGACGAUUUCAUCGACGACAGUGAAGAAAAGCCCAAGAAGGGCCGCAAGACCAAGGCUAAGGCUAAGGCUUGA